AUGUCGCGCUGCACGUUCUUCGACCCGCGUUUGCUGAUGCCCGCCAGCUGGCACACCAGCCCGAGGCGGGUGCACCGGCUGCAGCGCUGGUUGGUUGCGCUGCGGUCGCAGCGCACCUUGCUCAGGCGGCAGGCGGCGCCCGGCGGCCGCUUGGUGCCCACGCAGACCGGCUGCUCUCGCGGCGCCGAGGCGUACCGCUCCGGAUUCCUAAGCUUAAAGGCCCGCUAA